AUGUCCUUCUCCAAUUCGGGCGGAGGCACUCUCACUCUUCCCUCGCCGACAAACGUGCACCACGUCGACGUCUCGGCCGCUGUGCGCCAUUUGAGGCGGUCGCUUUCCCGCUCGCCAUCAAAAUUCCUGCUGCGCACUGCAUCAGAUUCUUCUGAUAAGUCUGUCGGCUCUCCAUCACCCAAAUCGCCAUCACCUCAGUCACCCUGCCCCACUCCCCAAUCGCAGCGAGUGCAACAACAAUCAACAACGCCUGCGACAUUCACCUACGCGACGACACCGAGCGCUUUCCAGCCACAGGCAAAUCAAAUCGCACAGACCCCCAUCGGUUCGCCACUUCGCUCCGCCAAAUUUGCCCUCAGAAACCGUCCAAAGGCUGCAUCCGCAAAAGCCCCUACACGGUCGCGCCUGCAGCCUCGGAGCCCACUCAAAAGGGCCCUGAGCUCCAACAACGAUAUUGGCAACGCACUUCCGCCACCACCGCCCGCACAGAGCCCCGAAUCUCUCGCUGGUCAGGAGAACUUCAACACGUUUGCGCUGCAGUUUGGACAAUCUGCGCGCUCAAACGUGAUGAGCCAAAAGGCUGGGUCGCGCCAUAGCAUGCACCUGGACCUUUCCGGUGCUUCAAAGGGCGGUGCAUCGCCAGGAUCGCGAUUCCUUGACGUUAAGAGUGAAACAUAUCCUAACAAUACCGUCAGUCCGCUGAAGAGGACCGAUGAUAUGAUGAGCGCAGAUACAUUGGGGAGUCCUGUGGCGAAGCGACGUAGUCUGCACGGUAUUGUCAACUUCGGGCCUGACUUCAACGUUAUGGACCACGCACCCACACCCACACCGCCCCGAUCGAGUUUUGAGAUCCACGACGACCUGAACAACCAGGAGUACAAGUUGACAAGCUCUAUGGCUGCUAUUGCCCGGGAUAUUGCGCCUCCACCAUCGCCAUCACCGAAUGCGAAUGUGCCAAAGCGGUCCUCUUCUCUUCGCAAAUCGACACUUUCUCAACGACACGAUCCGCGUUCAUCAUGGGGAAAGCGUGCCGGCGAAAGAUGGUUGGGCCAAAAUUCAUCCGAGGCCGCUACGCCUGUUCAGCGUAACAAGCACACACGUGGCUCCUUGGAUCAGUUUAUGCAAGCGGAGCCCCGCGAGAGCAUUUUUUCGUCCCGCAGCCCGCUUCCCAACCCAUCAGCUCAUGUCUUGGACCGCCCGCACCAGCCGCAUCCCCUCUCCCGGACUUUGACCACGGCCUCCAUUGCAACCUCGUCAGGCUCGAGCGUGACUGAAGAGUCGCCAACGUCGCCAACGCAUUUCCCUGCUCCGCCUCUGAACAGGCCAAAAGGCACUAGCAUAUUUGCAAGGUCACUACCGCUCAAUGCACAGCCUGUUGUUUCGACACCAGCCUACAAGUCAGCCAGGCCAUGCCAGGCCGCCUUCGCAUCCACUGGACUGGUGUCCAAAAUGAACCGUAAUCCGGAACUUGGACCCAUCGGCAGAGGAGGCAAGAAGCUGAUUAUGCCUGAUACCCCCUGCAAGAACAACAAGAGGGACUUCUUCCAGACCAGCCAAAACUAUCCGCACAACACUUACCCUCCUUCAUCUGGCAGUGCCCGAAAGCAGCGCAAGUCGGUGGUUUCGGACCAAACGCCUUUCAGCCUAGCGCCGCAGCCGAGCUUUUCACUUUUUGGAAACUCUGAGAGGAACGGAGGAUUGUUCAAGAAUCGUGGACACAGCCGAAAGAGCAGUUUGCUCAGCUUUGAUACGGAUGUUGACUCUGUCCUUGCUCUCGAUGUUGAUCUCCCUCCCACUCCCACAAAGGGUGUGCUGGGAGGGAACAAGUCUGUGUCGACUGGAGCUAUUUCUAACACCCCCUUUACGUCCCGCCGCUUCGGCGCUUCCCCGACCGCACUUGGUGCCUCGCUUGCGCGUGUCAGAACGGACAUGAAUUCGAGCCCUCUGCAAAACAUGGAUUCCGAGUCCCCGAAGACUCCCCAGGAGUCCAUGAUGCCUCCCGAUGCUAGCCGUCUCUCAAUUUCGAAUCAUCACGAGAACCGUCAUUUGGCUGUCGACCCGCCAGCAACUCCCACCACCAACUUUGGACGUACCUCAGUUAUGUCAUUUGGCAGCCGCCGCGCAAUCACGCCUGUGAACGGGCACACCGCAAGUGAAGUUGAUAUGAGCUUGGCUAGGAAGUUCUCCAAGAUUGAGUCUAUUGGAGACGGGGAGUUUUCUCAAGUCUUCAAGGUGUCAGCUCAGCCCACACCCUCACUCUUCGCUGUCAGUCGCCUCAUGGGUACGCCACCCACUCCGGUGGCCGACAAGGUCUAUGCUGUGAAAAAGCUCAAGACUGCUUUUGGAGGUGUUAAGGAUCGGGACAACAAGCUCCGAGAGGCGCUAGUCCUUAGAUCCCUGAAAGAUCGCGACAACAUUCUGCAGUAUGUAGACCACUGGGAUGAGAAUUCCUACCUUUACAUUCAGACCGAGUACUGCGAGGAGGGUAGCCUCGAAAAGUUCUUUAGCGAGGCUGGGUUCCCAGGUCGCCUGGACGACUUCCGGAUCUGGAAGAUUCUGCUCGAAAUAUCUCAGGGUCUUAACUCUAUUCAUGAUGCUGGUUUUAUCCACCUCGACCUCAAGCCUGCCAACAUCUUUAUCACCUUUGAUGGCACCCUGAAGAUUGGUGACUUUGGCAUGACCAUCUCGUGGCCCGCCGCGAAAGGAGGUGACAUUGAGGGUGAUCGCCAAUACAUGGCACGCGAGGCUAUGCGUGGCCAGGCCGACAAGCCCAGCGAUAUCUUUGCCCUGGGUUUGAUUGCUCUUGAGGCUGCCAGCAACUCGAUCCUUCCUCACAACGGCCCAAUGUGGUCCUCGCUCAGGGACGGUGACCUGUCCGGCAUUCCAGCACUCACCUCUGCCGAGACCCAAGAAACCAAGCGAGACCUUCGGGGUGUGCCCAUCCCCCCUGACACAACUCCUUUCGAGGACGUCGUGGCAGGCCUCGACAUGCACGCGUCCCGCCGAGACGAGUUUCCCUUCGGUCUUGGCCAGCAGACGUACAAUCCCAGCAACCUCUUUGGCACUAAACGCGCCUCUGAGCCUACCGCGCCUGCCUUCAUGCUCAACCCCGAGGACCCAGGGUCUCUUGACACCUUUGUCCAGUGGUUGAUUCAGCCCGAGCCGGCCGACCGGCCUAAGAUUGCGGAUGUUUUGCAAUUCGCAUCCAUGCAGUGGGUCUCUGCCUCGCGCCGUGCCCCUGCCACAGUUUUUGAGGGCAACUGGGGUCCUGCUCCUGUUGACAGGUCCCCAAUUGAAUCCCCAAAUACCACCACGGACGUCGAAAUGACCGACGUUUAG